CAUUCUGAAAGGGGCAUGAGGUUUCAAGCUCCCCCCCCCCCCCCAGGGCAUUCUGGGCAGUCUGGUUUCUGUCUGAGGGAGGAAGAGUGUCUAUUCAUAGGCCGUGAUGUGGAGAGGCCCUGCCGUGAGUCAGACUCUUGCCGGCUACCUACCAGAGGGUUCCUGUCUUUUUCUCUCAGUAACAACAGUUCUGAAAAGGAGUUAUUUUUUCAACCAGGACUUGAAGUAACUGGCGGAAAAGCAGGGAGCGCGGUGACUGUCCUUGAGCGCGGAGGGGCGAGCUCGCCGCCGGAGCGCCGGAGCAAGAGGAGGCGCAGGAGCGGCGGCAGCGGCGGCAGCGGCGCCCGAGCACCCGAGGGGGUCCGAGCCCCGGCAGCUGGCCAGCCCCGUGCCACAAAGGGAGCGCCCCCGCCACUUGGCACUCCGCCUCCCUCCCCAAUGUCCUCGGCCAUCGAGAGGAAGAGCCUGGACCCGUCUGAGGAGCCAGUGGAUGAAGUGCUGCAGAUCCCCCCAUCCCUGCUGACAUGCGGCGGCUGCCAGCAGAACAUCGGGGACCGCUACUUCCUGAAGGCCAUCGACCAGUACUGGCACGAGGACUGUCUGAGCUGUGACCUCUGCGGGUGCCGGCUGGGCGAGGUGGGGCGGCGCCUCUACUACAAGCUGGGCCGGAAGCUCUGCCGGAGGGACUAUCUCAGGCUCUUUGGCCAAGACGGUCUCUGUGCAUCCUGUGACAAGCGGAUCCGUGCCUACGAGAUGACGAUGCGGGUGAAAGACAAAGUGUAUCACCUGGAAUGUUUCAAGUGCGCCGCCUGUCAGAAGCACUUCUGUGUGGGCGACAGGUACCUCCUCAUCAACUCUGACAUAGUGUGUGAACAGGACAUCUAUGAAUGGACUAAGAUCAAUGGAAUGAUCUAGGGCCGCAUCCCCCAGCAUCUCUGGGGGGUGUUUCACUGAAGUCACUGUCUCCGUGGGGUCUUCAUUCUUGGGCACUCUGGGGAUUGGAGGGUGGGAUGAGGCACUUCUUAGGGGAUGGUGGACCCUCUCUGGGCACCAAGACACAGCAUCCAAGUGACAUAAUACGAGGGACAAGACUUAACUGUGACGGAAUGAUCAGCCUUGAGGGAGAGCUUAUGGACAAUGGCCACCGCCUACCCAUAGUAACUGACAAGGUUAGUGAAGGACAGGAGUGUUGGGCAGGCAUCGUGUGCCCUCAACCUAGAACUUCACACUUACAGAGGGACUUGUGUAAAGAGUCAUUAGGACCUUGACCCCUGAAAAUUAGAGCCCUGCUCCCAUCACUGUCCCCCACACGAGGGAAGGACAGAGAGGAGAGUGGCCAUCCUUUCUUCUUGGCCACCUUCCCAAGGCCUUACGCUUUGGACCCAAGGGAAGCUGCAUGGAGACACAUUUCAGUGGAGAACGGAAACUGCAACUUUCAACCAAACAAUUAUUUAAAGCGAUGCUAAUGAAUCACUGUUUUUAGACGCCCUGGUUUUGAGGUGAGGAGUUCCACAGAUUGUUUCUAUACAAAUGUAAAUCUAAAAACAAAAGUUGUUCAACUAUUUUAUUAUCUUAGAUUAUAUCAAAGUAUUUGCUGUGUGUAGUUAAAAAAACUCUGCAGACAAUAAAAAUGACAGAUUAAAAUGAA